AAAAUACAUCGUUUAUUACAACUUUAAACAAUUUUUGCAUCUACUUGUUUUAAACCUAGACUUUGUGGUGUUUUAUGGGAAUUUUCGAAGGGCUCAGGUAGAAAUUCCUUUCACCCAACAACUUUCCCACUUUAGCAUCAAACCGCUCAAAAUGAAUUAAUCGUGUCAAUGUCCAGUUAACUAAAUGGGUCAACAUUCUUAACACGAAUCCAUGAAUUCAUUAAAGUCGAUACGGAGGAGAAAGCCGAGCAAAACUUUGUGCAAAUUGAAUAACAGUGUCAAAGUUGUUGCGUGGAGCGGUGAUGUGUACGGUUUGCAAUUAUACAAAACAACUACAAGUAUACAAAACAAUAUGCUAUACCCUGCAGAUAUACAAUAAUCAGUUGGAAAGUGAUAAAGCAUGAAAGAUGCUGAUUUUAGUGGCAACUAGUGACAAAAUAGGCAAAGGAGUUCAACACUUAUCGAGGAACAGGCGGAGUAGUUUAACCAGACAGGAAUAGAUCGGAUCUCGAACCUUCAUGUACUUAAAAUGCACAUAAACAAGAAACUGCUGCCCAUAAAGGCGCACUAUUUUUUCUUCAUGGCAGCAAUGGGGCCCAUUUUGCCACAACUCUCCGUCUAUGGUAAAGAACUGGGCAUUUCCUCGGUCGUGAUGGGCACAAUUACCGGAAUCUUACCAUUUGCCUUUCUUUUUGCCAAACCUUUGUUCGGACUUUUGGUCGAUAUUUACCGAGAUUACCGCAAAACAAUUUUCAUGAUGCUGAUUAUUGUCAUGACGGUUUCUUAUACUGUUAUGAAUUUUAUACCAGCAAGGGAGUUGCUAGAGAUGGAGUUCAGGAACGUCAGCGCUGCUGUGGAUUCAUGUAAUGUUACAGAUGAAUGCUCGAAUCGCACUCGAGUGCUGUGCAAAAGUGAUUGUUUUGCCAACAAUGAGACGAGUUUUCUAGUCACGAGUGACUCAAGACCGCAAAUUUGUGCCUUGACUGAAAUUUCGAAUAAAGCAAAUUCGUCAAAAACGUGUGAUAUUUUCUGUAGUAAUAAGGACUCGGAGAUCCAUCCCGGAUGUUUGUACAAAUCAAUCUCUUUUUGGAGCUUUGUGAUACUGAUGUCGAUCGGGACUAUAGGUUUCAACGUUGUUAAUUCAAUCAGUGAUGCGAUUUGUUUUGACGUGAUUGGAGAAGACGGUGAUUAUGGUAAACAGAGAGUUUGGGGGACCAUUGGUUUUGGCCUCACUGCUUUAAUUUCCGGAUACGUUGUUAACCUUUUUUCGGAAAAUACAGUCAACUAUACUCCAGCUUUCAUAAUUAUUUUCGUCUGUUCAAUUAUAGACAUCAUCGCCUGCAUCAAACUUGAGCUUCCUGUAAUUCCGGUCCCCGAAAACAUCUUCAAGGACUUGAAGAAGCUCUUGAAUAAUCGCUACGUGGUGACUUUCAUCACUUUUGCCAUUUUCGCUGGGAUUCUCGACGGCUUAAUUAUAUACUUCCUUUUUUGGCACUUGCAAGAACUGGCGGUGGCCACAAACACCCCCAACGUGAAGCUAAUCGAGGGUUUGGUGGUCGCUGCUGAAACUCUAGGUGGCGAAGUAAUUUUUUUCUCAGUUGCGGGGAAAAUCCUCGACCGAAUUGGCCACGUGCACUGUUUCAGCAUGUGUUUUAUUAAUUACGCCCUUCGCUUGGGGUUAAUUUCAAUCGCACCCUCGCCGUGGUGGAUUGUCCCGAUUGAGUUUUUUAUGCAAGGGCCAACUUACGCUCUUACUUACACCACCAUCGUGGCGUACGCUAAUGAAUUGGCCCCACCAGGAGCCUCAGCCACUAUGCAAGGAAUUGCAGCAGGGAUGGACGAUGGGAUUGGAUACGCCAUCGGGAGUAUUCUUGGAGGAGUUUUGUACGAAUAUCUCGGAAGUCAAUACACGUUGCAAAUUUUUAGCGCGUUUGGGCUGAUUUGUAGCCUUUCGCAUUUAUUGCUGCAUAAGACUAUACUUCGGCUGGAAGUUCCCGAAAAAAGUGUGGAGUACAAAAGCCCGGAAGAGGCCUACAAGGCGGCGGAGAUUAGUUGAUUUUUUGUUAAUAAGUUAUACAGACAGAAUAAAAGUUUAUUUUUUGAGUCAA